AGCCGUUUCCUCCAACGACGCAGCUAAUUGCGAAAGUGCGAAUUCCCCAAGAUGCCGGCCAACUCGGAGAAACAGCACUUGUCCAUCGUGAUCUGCGGUCAUGUUGACAGUGGCAAGAGCACCACUACAGGACGUCUGAUUUUUGAGCUGGGCGGCCUGCCCGAGCGCGAGCUUGAGAAGUUGAAGGCGGAGGCAGAUCGAUUGGGCAAGGGCUCCUUUGCUUUUGCGUUCUUCAUGGACAGGCAGAAAGAGGAGCGCGAGCGCGGUGUGACCAUCUCUUGCACCACCAAGGAGUUCUUCACGGAGAAGUGGCACUACACCAUCAUUGACGCGCCUGGUCACCGGGACUUCAUCAAGAACAUGAUCACCGGUGCCUCCCAGGCCGACGUGGCGCUGAUCAUGGUGCCGGCCGAUGGCAACUUCACCACGGCGAUCGCCAAAGGGAACCACAAGGCCGGUGAAAUCCAAGGCCAGACCCGGCAGCACUCCCGGCUCAUCAACUUGCUGGGCGUGAAGCAGAUCUGCAUCGGUGUGAACAAGAUGGACUGCGACACCGCGGGAUACAAGCAGGCCAGGUACGACGAGAUCGCGAACGAGAUGAAGAGCAUGCUCGUGAAGGUGGGCUGGAAGAAGGACUUCAUUGAGAAGAACACCCCCGUGAUGCCCAUCUCCGGCUGGAUGGGGGACAACCUGCUGAAGAAGUCCGAGAACAUGGGUUGGUGGAAGGGCCAGGACGUGGAGGUUGGCAGCGAGACCAUCCACGUGGAUACCGUGUACGAUGUGCUCGACAAGAUGUGCCGAGUGCCAGAGCGCCCUGUGAGCGCCCCCAUGCGCAUGCCCAUCUCUGGCAUCUACAAAAUCAAGGGUGUGGGUGACGUGCUGGCAGGCCGUGUGGAGCAGGGAGUG